AUAACUAGGUAUCUCUCCCCUCCUUCCGAAACACCCCAACCCACGCAGGACGGGAAGCACAACCCUAUAAAAUUUCCCACUCCAUCCUCUGAUCCAAGAAUCACGCCUUUGGAGCAGCUUCCUUUCUUCAUCCCCUCACCAGAUCUAUCCUUCCCCUCUUCUCCCAAUUCCGCCAUGGCUGACCUCCAACCACAAUAGAUCUACGAUCCCAAACACCCAGAUCCUCCAGAUCUCCCCUCUUACAUUCCAUUCCUCACCCGAUCUGGUGGCCCUCCAGAUCUUCAAUGGCUUCCAAGAUUUGCGCCACGAUCUCCACGAUCUUCUUCUCUCUCCUCCUUCUCCCCUCCGGCCAUGGCUUCUACCUCCCCGGUAGCUACCCCCACAAGUACGGCGUCGGCGACCCUCUUUCCGUUAAGGCGAACUCCCUCACCUCCAUCGAGACCGAGCUCCCCUAUGGGUACUACUCGCUCCCCUUCUGCCGGCCCCAGGAGGGCAUCAAGGACAUGGCCGAGAACCUGGGCGAGCUCCUCAUGGGCGACCGCAUCGAGAACUCCCCCUACCGCUUCAAGAUGCGCACCAACGAGUCCGACGUCUUCCUCUGCCGCUCCGGCCCCCUCUCCGCCGACGAUUUCAACCUCCUCAAGAAGCGGAUCGACGAGAUGUACCAGGUCAACCUCAUCCUCGACAACCUCCCCGCCAUCCGCUACACCAAUCGCGACGGAUUCCUCCUCCGCUGGACCGGCUACCCCGUCGGCAUCAAGGUCGCCGACGGCUACUACCUCUUCAACCACCUCAAGUUCACCGUUCUAGUCCACAAGUACGAGGAGACCAAUGUGGCCUCCGUCAUGGGCACCGGCGACGCUGCCGAGAUGAUCCCCUCUAAAUCCGGCAAGUCCGGCCCGCCGGGGUACAUGGUCGUCGGCUUCGAGGUCGUCCCCUGCAGCUUCCAGCACGAUCCCGAGUCGGUCAAGAACGCCAAGAUGUAUGACAAGUACCCGGCGAAGAUCAAUUGCGACCCGGCGACGGUGGCGAUGGCGAUCAAGGAGAACCAGCCCGUGGUCUUCAGCUACGAGGUCGAAUUCGUGGAGAGCGACAUCAAGUGGCCGUCGCGGUGGGACGCCUACCUCAAGAUGGAGGGCGCCAAGGUGCACUGGUUCUCGAUCCUCAACUCGUUGAUGGUCAUCGCCUUCCUCGCCGGGAUCGUUCUCGUGAUCUUGCUCCGGACGGUGCGCCGGGACCUGACGCGCUACGAGGAGCUGGAUAAGGAGGCGCAGGCGCAGAUGAAUGAGGAGCUCUCCGGGUGGAAGCUCGUGGUCAGCGACGUUUUCCGGGCGCCGGACAAUCCCACGCUGCUUUGCGUCAUGGUCGGCGACGGCCUACGGAUUCUCGGCAUGGCGGUGGUGACCAUCCUGUUUGCCGCGCUCGGGUUCAUGUCUCCGGCUUCUCGAGGAACUCUGAUCACCGGAAUGCUCUUCUUCUACAUGGUUCUUGGCAUUCUGGCCGGUUAUGGUGCUGUGAGGCUCUGGAAGACCUUGCGAUCCGGCGAUCAUUCCGGCUGGGUUUCGGUCUCGUGGCGCGUUGCUUGCUUCUUCCCCGGCAUCGCCUUUCUCAUCCUCACCAUUCUCAAUUUCCUCCUUUGGGGGAGUCACAGCACCGGAGCCAUCCCCUUCAGUCUGUUCGUUAUAUUGCUUCUGCUCUGGUUCUGCAUCUCGGUGCCUCUCACCAUGGUGGGCGGAUUCCUCGGGGCGAAAGCACCUCACUUGGAGUACCCUGUGAGGACCAAUCAGAUCCCUCGCGAAAUCCCUCCCCAGAGGUACCCAUCCUGGCUGCUGGUGCUGGGUGCCGGCACGCUGCCAUUCGGUACUCUGUUCAUCGAGCUCUUCUUUAUAAUGUCGAGCUUGUGGAUGGGCCGGGUCUACUAUGUCUUCGGCUUUCUCUUCAUUGUUUUGAUCCUUCUCGUCGUCGUGUGCGCCGAAGUUUCACUCGUCCUCACUUACAUGCACCUGUGUGUGGAGGACUGGAGGUGGUGGUGGAAGGCAUUCUUUGCGUCCGGGUCGGUGGCCAUAUACAUUUUCUUGUACUCGGUGAACUACCUGGUGUUUGAUCUCAAGAGUUUGAGCGGCCCGGUCUCGGCCACACUCUACCUUGGCUACUCGCUCCUAAUGGUUCUUGCAAUCAUGCUUGCCACCGGCACCGUCGGGUUCAUUUCUUCCUUCUGGUUUGUUCACUUCCUUUUCUCCUCAGUGAAGCUAGAUUGAGAUGCCGUGGCAUCGAGAAGCUUGUCCUGAGUCCGAGGAAGUAUUUGAGGCCCCAUUAUAAGUGAGCAGAAUGUUCUCCAAGCCGACAGUAUUAUAGCUCUUAAUUCUUAAGUUUCUGUUAUUUUGUAGUUGGAGACUGGAUAAAAAAGAUACCUCCUUUGAGCUCUUAUGAUUUCUUUUUAUAGGAGUUCUUUCAAUAUGUAGUUGCUUGUAUUAGUCCAACCUUUCUAUUCUUUUCAUAUAGUCUGUUAGUAUGGAAAUGAAGAAAUGUUUCUGAUUCUUAUCGGAUGAAUUGAAUUUGUAUUUGUGAGAUU